AAGGACCUGUAUAUGUAAUGGAUCCCUGUGUGAGCACAUUAAACGACAAACGGCUACCGCGGUGAAGUUAGAUAUUGGAUAUUCAAGCUCACGCUUGAUCUGAUUCAGGAACUCAGAUUUCGGCUAGCUGCUCUCUGUUGCUCCCUCUUCUGACGCGCGGUGGUUCAUGGGACCGUCAAUAAGUUUCCGAACCAAACACUCUUGGGAAAUAAAAAUAAAUGCAUUCCUUGUCUUGUGACCAACUGAAACAAAAUCAAUGGUAAAUCAUGCUACAUGACUACAUAAAUGAGGCACACUAUUUUUUAUUCCCUUUAAGUCUUUACAUUUUUAGGGUUUUUUUGGUCACAAAUUGUGAUUUUUCUUCAAUAGCUUCCAGGUCAUGUGACCCAAGGACACAAAUCUGUUUGAAAUUGUUCUACUACACUGGAUAGACGAGGCACACAAAUUUUUUUAAGUCUGAUUUUAAUAAAUUUUCUAUUUUUUAUACAUUUCUUUCAUCAAAAUCAUGAUUUUUUUCAAUAGCUUUUAGGUCACUUGACCCAAUGAUACAAAACUAAUGUGAAAUCACUCUACUACACAGAAUAGAUGAGACACUUGUUUUUUAAGAAUUUUUGUAAUCACAAUUGAUCAUUUUGAUUAAACAUAGGAUUAUAAUACAUACUGUGAUCAGUUGCAAGGUAAUUCUCUAAGCUUACAAGCUACAGUCAAAUAUAAAACAUUCAUUUUAGCAAAUCACACCUGCUUUUUUGAAACUGUCCAGCUUUACUGUAUAAGUCGUUAAUGCAUGAACCAGUUUCUUGGUAUAUCUGAUUGUGAGUUAACCUUACUUUGGAAAAAGAGGGGCACAGAUGUUCCUUCAAAAAUAAAGGAUCGAAGCGUUCGUCCAUCAUUCAGAGCUAUGCUCCUUCUGUCCACAUCAGCAGUUGACAGGAGAGGUAUGUGUGUGAUUGUAUUUUUUAAGUUCAUCUUUCACUUAUUUGUCAACAUUUACUUCAUCAUUUUAAAACUGAUAUCAACAAAUGUUCAGAUUUGCUGGCAAACACAGUUUUAGCCACUUUAAAUAUUUAUAAAUUAUUAUGUUGCUUAUGCAGAAUAUUGCAAGCCAGUUUAAUGUGGCUGUCCAUCCAUCGGGAGAGGUGGACGCCAGUUACCUCCUAAAUCCCUCCACAGCUGGUGUGAUUCUGUUUGGUGACAGAACAGUUUCCUCCUCACAGUUAACCAAAGGGGGGAAGAGAGGAUGCCCCGCCCAGCCGAACUGGUCGUUUGUACCUUUUUGAGUUUCGGUGGGGGGGUCUGAUGAGCCCUCCUCUCACCGAGCUACAACAUCUGGACACAGCGGCUAUUUUAGAUCUGAAAUGGUGCCACGUUCCUGUAUCAGGCAGGCCGCUGCUGGGAAUGGUUGCUGCUACAGGAGAGCUGCACCUCUACACGCUGUUAGAUAGUCAGGAAGGUGGGCGCAUUCUGAACGGUAUGUGCAGUUUGGAGGUUGGAGCACAGCGGCUGGCCUUGUCUUUGGACUGGUCCACUGGAAGAAUGAACAGCAGUAGUGACAUACGGGUGGUGUGCAGUGAUUCUGCGGGCUGCGUCAGUGUGUUCUCCCUGGCUGAAGGAGCUCUGAUGGCUCUGUCCCAAUGGAAAGCUCAUGACUUUGAGGCCUGGAUCACAGCCUUUUCCUACUGGAACACACAGCUGGUUUAUUCUGGGGGUGAUGACUGCAAACUCAAAGGCUGGGAUCUCAGAGCUGGUCCAUCAAGCCCUGUUUUCACCAGUAAAAGGCACUCAAUGGGUGUGUGCAGUAUUCACAGCAACCCUCAUCUGGAACAUAUCCUGGCUACAGGCAGCUACGAUGAGCAGGUGUUGCUGUGGGAUGGCAGGAACAUGCGGCAGCCCCUCGGGGAGACCACAGUGGGUGGCGGGGUGUGGAGGCUAAAAUGGCAUCCAACCCAUCAGCACCUGCUGCUGGCUGCCUGCAUGCAUAAUGACUUCCAUAUCCUUCACUGCCAGCAGGUCUUAGAGGGCAGUGGAGGAGCUUGUCCUGUUGUUGCCUCCUACAUCCUCCACAACUCCUUGGCCUAUGGAGCUGACUGGUCCAGGCUGUCCCUUGAGGACCCCGCACCGCAGUCCCCUCCAGCCACAGAACCAAACGAAAGCCUCAUAGAGAGCAGAGGACACUUACGGAUUCAUUAUGAGUCUCCUACUGCCAGCUUUGACACUUCCCUGGAGGAUGACGCAGGACAUUACAUCCCAGAGGCGAUUGUAGCACCCUCCACCAGCCCUGCUGCAGCUCCAGCCCCCAACCUGGACAAGGAUGCUUCCUCGCUGUCCUGUCUGCUAGCUAGCUGCUCAUUCUAUGACCACAUGCUCCAUGUGUGGCGCUGGGACUGGACUCCAGAAGAAACUCAGCAGGAGCCCGGUCCACAUUGAGCUGGUCUAAUGUAGAUACAUCCUAUAAUACCCUGUACUGCUUCAUGUAGAUGAGUCUCCUACACUUAAACAUAAUGCUUAUUUAGCACAAACUUUAUUUUGAUGACAGUUUUUAAUAAACACUUUAUAAUC